AGUGUUGAAUUAGAUUGGUUAGGGGGCAGACGUACUUCAAGUGUUGCUCCAGGAAUCUGUUGUAAGGAACUCAGGAGUACAUACAGUGACAUACCGGCAUUCUAACCCUGAUUGGAAUAGUAUUGAAUAUAUUGUGAUCUUACAAGCAAAUGUGGAUGUUAUAAAGCUUCAUGGUCACCAGUAAAUGAAAGCAGGACCUUGUUGGGUGACGCAAGUCGAUAGUUUUCUCCAUCAUCUGAUACCAAAGAAUCCAUAAUGCUGCUGCCUUUGUGCUUGAGAUGCUGGCUAACUUCAGUCACCAUCUGUGUCCUCCAUCUUUUCUCUACAUCACACGCGUCAAGCAGGUGGAUAGAUCAAGAGCCAAAUCUUAUAUCACAAGACAGCUUUCAAAAUUUCCGAUCAUUCCAAGGUCAACAUUUUGGAUCUAUGACAUUGAACAGUGAACAGAGAUUGCUGAUGGUCGGAGCUCAAAAUGCUUUUUAUCAAAUCAACUUGGAAGAGCCACUCGGCAGCCAACAGGGUAUCCAGAACUACAGUUGGUCCUCUGAAUAUGUGACGAUUGAGAACUGUUUAAUGAAAGGUGUUGAACAGUGGGAAUGUCAGAACUUUAUUGAGGUAUUACAGAUGAAUUCUGCAGAAAACAACAGGCUAUUUGCUUGUGGGACCAAUGCACAGUCACCCAAGUGCAGAUACUUCACAGAUUCCUCUCUCCAAGACUAUGAAGAAUCAGAUGGAACCUUUAUCAGUCCUUUCAACCCCAAGCAAGAGGGUACAGCUCUCUUUGCAGAUGGUAACCUAUACACAGGUGUUGCCAGGGACUAUACUGCUAGAGACUCAGUUAUAUUCAGAUCACAAGGGACACAAAAAGUACUUUACACUAAAAUAAUGGACUCAACAUGGCUCAAGAUUCCAGCAUUUAUAAAGUCCUUUGAUGUAGGAGACUGGAUUCUAUUCUUCUUCAGAGAGGUUGCAGUGGAAUACACAUCAGGAGAGGGUAUUUAUUCCAGAGUUGCUAAAGUUUGUAAGAAUGACCAAGGAGGAAGUUGGAUAUCUGUUAAUGAAUGGACAACCUUCCAAAAGAUUCGUCUAAACUGUUCGUUACCUGGAGCAAUUCCAUUUUACUUCCACUUCCUCCAGGAUGUUGAAAUGGUGGAAUCUGAAAAUGAUACUCUCUUCUAUACAGUCUUCACUACCGGAGGACAUGAGAUUCCUGGCUCAGCUGUAUGUGUAUUCAGUCUGAAUAAGAUAAGAACUAUCAUGAAUGAAGGAGAGUUUAAAGAGCAACAAGGAGGGGCAUGGUAUCCUGCAUCCCCACCACCCCAACCACCACCAACACCCCCAAGACCAGGAUUGUGUGAUGCAGACUACCAAAGUUCUGCUUCUUUACUCCAAUGGAUAUCCUCUCAUCCUCUCAUGCAUGAAGCCGUACCAACUCACAAUAAUCCACUACCUAUCUUUACACUUACGAGGGCCGACUACAGGUUAACACAGAUCAUGGUCCACAGUCAAAGGGCCGUUGAUAAUAAUUACCAAGUUUUAUUCCUCGGAACAGAUGAUAGCAAACUCUUGAAGGUUGUCCUAGUUGAGACUGAAGAUGGCACUGUUCAUACUAAUCUCUUGGAGGAGAUCAGUCUUCAUCCUAAAGAUAGCUGUGAGAAAGUUAUUAACAUGGAGCCAGUAACCAACCAUGAAGGGAAGCAAGUCAUUAUUGUUAAUACCAAUAGCUCUAUCUUAGAGGUUCCUUUACAGAGGUGUAUAAACUAUACAAGUGAUUGUACAUGUACACAAGAUCCUUUCUGUGUGUGGAAUAGUAUAACAGAUGAAUGCUACGAGUAUACUGGAGAUAAUGCAUUUGAUGAACAAGCUGUCAGUAAUAUGCAGGAAUGUCCAGAACCUCCACCACCCACUACCCCACAGCCUGAGUGUAUAUGUGAGACCACUGCACCGUCUGACGCAGCCACCACUAAAUACACCACCGUUAUGGCCACAACACCGUCGACGGUACCACGGACAACAACUGCCGUUCCCACCACACCCAGCACAGUGUCCACAACAAUUAUUGAUUGGACAACUACUGUGAAUAGUUCUACCGUACUACCAGUAGGUAGUCAUCAACCAUCAGAAUCCACCACUGGUAGUGAUAUGACAGGUAGUGAGGAUGAUAAUAACAUAUCAGAAGGCAAGCUACCCUCUUCCCUGCCCCCUUCUACCACUAUCAGCAAUGUCAUUGGUCCUGUCGUCAUCUCUGAUGUGGAUAUUUUAGAGGUUGCCACAACGAUUACCAAUGAAGUAGAUGAUAUCCAUGGUGAUAAACGUAUACUAAGACCAGAUGUGUAUGAGUAUCCUCAGCGGAACCACAGUCUGAUGGAGGAAGGUAACGUCCUGGUGCUGGUCUUCCUAAUCCUUGGCUGGAUCCUCUUCACAUUCUGUGGGAUGGUGGUCCUGUAUCAAUGCUACAACCAACAUCAUAAGGGUAUCUAUCAACCUCCUUCCAGUGAUGAUAGCAUCUUGAGUGCAAGAAUGAAGACCAAGGAGCCGAAAGACCUCCUCUCUACCCCAAACCAGAAUGGAAAGGUGGCCAAUGGCAUCCCACUGGAGGUCCCGUGGUCGCCCCCCUCCCGUGCCACCCACACCCCUGCAGGCAGGGAGAGAGACUCUCUUGGACCAGUCAACGGCCACAGCUUACCUAGACGGCCCGUACCGGUACCAACGCCCAUGGUUCCACCCGCAUACCGAUCCCCCGUCUCCUUUGGUCACACGGUAGGCUCCUUGCCCAGCCCAGCCCGCAUCAACAAGUACAAGAACAACACCAGCACCUUUAACAGCCUUGACAGGCACAGGACACCACAGAUACAUAAUCUGUACGUGGAGCACCCACGUAGCCAUGCCAAUGAACCAUACUCACCUUACAACGGGCGGGUGAUGACGGCCGAAGACAGGAGACCAUCGGGUGCAUCGGACAGUGAGAUGUAUGACGAUGACGUGUGGCAGCCGAGGAUGGCCGGGGAGGAGUUGGUAUGACUAUUACACCACCAUCAGGGUCAACCUGUUAAAGAGAGACCUCUGUGGACACAGUCCAGUGAGGAGCUUGGAGAUUUAUCUCUUUAAAAUAAAGACUUGUAGCAGUACUCUGUGUGAAGCACUCUCAUUCCACUCUGGAUCAAGCCAUAGACAAUGUGGAUGAUUCGUAGCUCUCGCUUCACUGGCUGGUGCAAAGCCAGUAUAAUGCACUGCUUAUAGAUGUCAUCAGAGAUCGCUGGAUCCAAAGAAACAAUGUUAACAAAGUUCUCUGAUGUAUCUUAUGCCAUGGCAAUGCUAGCACACAGUAAUACGCAAUAAUUGCAAGUUAUAUAUGCGAAGGCACAGCACGCCAUUCCUGUUGUAUCACUGAGAUGAUUUGAUCACAAGGUGCAAUGAGUAUUCCUACCAAUUUUAUUGAUUGCAUCACCUCAAGUGUUGAUUAUUCCAUUUCAGAUGAGCUUCAGGAUAAAAGGCUUAAUGAUGUCAGUAUGAUCAUCAUUAAAAAAAAAAUCAAGUCUUCUUAUUCUUGAAACUAGACACUUGUAUAGUUCUGGUUUUGUGGCAGAUAAAGAUAUUUACUUCCACCCAAUGUCUUGAAGUAAACUUUUGAAAGCAAGUACACCUCCCUCUAUUGACUGCCAUCUUCCAGUUAGCUCAAUUGGAAUAGCCAGUCACAAGAUAAAGACAUGACGUAUGAAGACUGUGUUGGAGCUGCGAUAAGAAAAAAGAAGUGGGGAUUGUGCAAAUAUUGAUUUUUAAAAAAAAUAUUGAUAAAAAAUAAAUAAAAAUAUUAAAAAGACACAUAGAACUAUUAAAAAAAUAUUCCUAAUUUUUUACAAGAAUAGAAUUUUUCUCUAUUUUCAAAUGUAGACCAAUUUAGUGAUUGGUAAUAUUCAUGUUGUGACCCCUGAUAAUUGAAUGAAUGGUGUGUGUUGUAGCUUGCCUUAGAUUAGCCACACAGUCGACCAUUUCUUCAAUCACAGCUAUGGCGAUUCUGCAAGGUCUUUUAGUCAAAAGAUGUCACUACAUACAAGAACACUUAAGUUAGCUGCAGUUCAAGUAUUUACAAGUUUAAAAAGUUUAAGUACAUUUUUGUUAAGCUUUCACCCACAUUGCAUACAAAUACACUUGAAGCUUUUAAGUGAAGGAAUAAGGGGAGGAGGCUUCUCUGUUUUGUGGAGAUAUUAGUUCCUUUUUUGAAAAGGUAAUAUGCAAUGCAGUUUAAUGUUGUCUGCACCUAUGCAAUUAUGAGUUAUGUUCUUAUUAGAUUUAUACUGAAAUCACAAGUGUUUUUAUCUUUGGGAUAGAGCUUUAUCAAAAGAAAUGUGAGUAAUGGGGUUGGUUGAUACCUGAAGCAAAGCAGCUUACUAGAUCCAACCAGGGUCCAAAAAAAAACCCAGAUCAUUUGUAAACUAUGGUAUGUAAAACUUGUUGAUUGCACAUAUAAAAUCACUUCACAAGCAAUGAAAAAAAAUCACUUGUUCAAGAAACAAAUGAUAAAGAAAUUAUAUAUCAAACCCUCUGUACUCUCACCUCUUUCUUUAAAUUUGUCUAUUCUUUUUUUUUUAAAUUUGUUUAUAACCAAGAUAUAUGUUUUUGACCAUGGAUUGAAACUUAAUAAUUAACCCGUUUGAAUGAUUUUGACAUUUCUUGAUGAAUAAUUUCACUAACAUUGUACAAAAUGCUAUGUGAUGAUGAAAAUGUACUAACUAUGAUCAGACAGCUUAUGAGAUAUAUAUAACUUUUCAAGAAGACUGCUAUUUCAUGAGUAGUCGGUGUUGGGAAUUUUGGUAACAUGUCUGCAUUGCAGAUAUUUAAAAGCAAAAACUUCUGGGUUAGUUUUAUAUUUGUGUGGGUUUUUUUUAUUUGUAAAGAAAAUAAUGCAAUCUUUGUAAGAAAAGGGUAAAAGGUCCCAUUUUGUGUGCAUUUUUUAAAGGAAGUUGUGUGGAAUUUUCUCCUUUUGAAGAAGAAAAUUUAUUUUAUGUUGACUUAGUGUAAUGAAAUCCCACAUUCCAAAUGAUUUUUUUAGUUGAUUUUAUUUGAUCAAGUAAUGCAAAAUUGAUUUUUUUUUUUAAGUGUGUUAUAAACUUUUUUUUAAAAUCUUUUAAAAAUGACUGAUUAAAAUCUAAUGAUAGACAUAUAUGAUUGAAAAAACAGUUUCAUUACCUAUUUUUAAAACAAUUACUGAGAAAGCUUGACUAAUUAUAAAUUACAGAUUACUGCUCAUUCAUAAAAGAAAAACUUUGUUGCAAUUUUGUUUUUGAUGAAAUAUAUAUUGUAUUCACUGCCAGUUUAUAUGAUUUUGCAUACAAAGUUUUUUGUUAGUUGGUAAGUUAUGAGGACUAUUAUAUUCUGUAGGUAUGUAUGUUUCAUGCUGCUAUCAUCACAUGUUCCACACAAUCAAUAAUUGCAUUGUCAUUCACAAGAUCGAUUUUUGUUUUUUUAAAUUGAGGAGAGAGAUUUCUGGUUGGUAGUUCAUAAAGCUGAUUGUAAGUUCUGCAGAAUCUUAUGCACAAGUCAAAAUCUGAACUCUGUUCAUUAGCAUUCUUGUUGUUAAGAAGCAUCUCUAUGCAUAGUUUAUUAUUUGUCAAACAUUUGACCCGAGUCAAAGGAAAGUUACCACUACUGUGUGAAACAGAUCAAGGCUAGGAUAUCUCAGUUGGCACAAGAACUGGUCUUGAGUUGAGCGUACAGAUUUGUGUAACUUGCAAACACCAACCUGAACUGAUUUUAUGAUGUUUUAGAGAAAUGUAGAAAUAUUUUGUUGUUAUUACUGGGAUGAUAAUAGGCACACCAGUAUUAAAACCUAUUUGUCUUUCACAUGUGUUAUAUGCAUCUCCUCACUGUACCCAGUCAUCAUUUAUAGAACUUAGGAAAGCUAGGAUUAGACAUCAUUUGUUUUAUUUAGAUAUUCUGUCAUCAUUAUGUUAGCUGAGAACGAUUAAACAAAAAUGCAGUAGUAGAAAGGAUAUGUUCACGACCCAGGAUGCAUUGUUGUUGAAAAAUAUUCUUUAAACUUGAAAAAUGAGUCAUUUUAUCAUGAUUAAAACUAUUUCUUGGAUUGGUGUGGGUAAUCAUACCUGUCAGACUAAUGAUGUUAUUCAGGUGUGCAAAAAACAUCAAAAUGGUAUAAAAUCAAUUUCAUGAAUGAAAAAAAAAUGCUAUUGGGUUGUGGGCAUUUGUUUUCAUACUACCACAUUUCGCUAAACUUCCUGAAGACAUAUGACUGCAUUAUUCUUCUUUUAAAUCGUCCAGAUGAAAUUAUUGUCUUCCACUCUCAUUUUCUGUAAAAAAAAAAAGGUGGAUAAUGGUUUAGAAAGAAGAAAUAGUUCAGAAGCAAGACUUUUCAAAUGAUUAAUAGAUGUGUGUAUGGAAUUUGUAAUUUAAAUUAACAGCACUGUGUUUGAAUAUGUAGGCUUAUACUAGCACUUCACUGGUUUCAUAAUAUAUAUAUAGAGAAGAUAUUUGGGCUGUCGUUAGGUGUAUUGUGAUAUAUUAGCUCAUAUAUCUCUUGGGAUGAUGUUGUAUUUCCUUCAUUCAUCAUUUCUAUCAAGUUUUACAUUUCUACUUGUAAAGAAUAAGGAGUAUACCCAGAAAAGAGAUUUAUUAUUACGGACAUUGAAUACAUAAAUAUGAAACCCACCGUGUGAGCAUAUACACAGUAUACCUUAGCAAUUAUAUGUCAACAUGAAAAGCAGUUAUGAAAUACAGGUACAGAAGAAUGUUUGAAAGAUAUCAUGUAUUGAUUCAAAUUUAUUACUAUAGUACUAGUUAGGAUGUUUUUCAGUUUACAAGUAUUCUUUAAAGUUGGUGAUGAUCGUCACGCUAUAUUUUUUUGUCAUUUCGAUGGUAUUCAUUUUGUAGAUAAGUGCUGAAAUUUGUUUACUUUGUCUUAUGAAUUUAUUCUUUGAAUUUUGUUUAGUUUUUAAGCCUAUGUUUUCAUGAUUGCUUAAUUUUGCCAAAUCAUUAUUAUAGAUCUACUUAGAUUCCAAAAUUAUGUCUAGAAAUAAGAUGGACUAUGAAUUAAAAAUAAUCAUUUUCAUCUUGUGAAGGCAAAAGGUUUAUUUUUGGUACUUAAUAAGUCACCAAAAUGUAAAUGAAAGAGACAUAUUGCAUAUUAUGUAAAUAAGAUAUAAUGAAUAUUAUGGGACAAAACUGCAUCCGAAAUAACAUGUGGUUUAUGACCCGGAUUAUACUUUAUUUUUGUAACUGUUGCCUUUCAUAGGUUUAACAAGCUUGUUAGGAAGCACUUCUAUGCAGAAAGUGAUUGUUUUAACAUCCAACAGACAGGAGAUCGCGUGUUUAAUUUAAUGUCAAGAAAUCAUGAAUUGUAAUCAGAAAACAACAUUGAUCAUUAUGAAAUAAAGUUAUGAAAAAUUUAAAGAGAUGUUUAUGGAAAUUAAAUAUUGAUUAUAGAAUCAAAAAUCUAUUUGAUAACACCAACUAUUAGAGAAAUUACAGUUUCUAGACAUUAAGGAGUGACGAAAUCUAAUUGGAUUGAAUUCAACCUACUUUUCUUGAAACUAUUGCUAUUUUGCUUAAUCCUGUCCUGUUUCAUCAUUUUCAAGGAGAUUCAACUUUGAACAAUUAUGUCCAUUAGAGAUGUAUAUGCUGAUCAUGUAAAUAAAUUGCAACGCCCAUUUUUAUGUUAUUGCAAUAAAUGCAAAAAAUAAAAAUAUAAAAUAAAAUGAGCAAAUUGCA